CCUCUCAAAUAAUAAAUGGUUUGAGUCAUUUUAUAAGCAAAAGUUGAAAUUUGUAUGUGUGCCAAUGAUAUAUUUUCUCAAGUGAAAUUAAACAAAAUAUCAUAUAUCUUUGAAAAAUCAUUAUCAUUUUUGUCAAACAAAGGAAGUCUAUUGGUCAACGCUGUAAUUGAUACCUACUGCCAAGAUAGUUAUAUAGCAUUAAAUCCUAUUUAGUCCAACUGCUGUAAUACGUUGACAAUUCAGUUUGUGCUGAGCUUCUAAAGUCUUAACAUCUCUCUAUAGUUCAUCAAGAUGUGGUUUGAUCUCGUGAAAUUAUCAGUCCUUGUUUUAAUUUCCUGCUUGUGUCUUCAGAUAGAAGCAACAUACUUCUACAAUUGUGAAGAUACUGAGUUACUUGGAACUGUCAGUAGCAUCAAAGUAACAAACUGUGAUUCAAAUGAUGAAGAUUCCAAAUGCAUUUUGAAGAGAGGAACAAAUAUCACCUUCGAACUCAACUUCAAAACAGGUGUGCAGUCUGAUACAUUGAAAUCUGUUGUCCAUGGAAUCAUCUUUGGAGAAUCCAAAAGAUUCGAUUUACCUAACAGCGAUGGAUGUGUUGAUUCUGGCGUUGUAUGUCCAAUGGCAAAAGACAGUGUGAACACCUAUGUAUCUUCCUUACCAGUUAAAAAAAUAUACCCCAAACUCAGCGUGGACGUCAAAUGGGAACUGCAGAACAAAGAUGGAAAGGAUAUCGUUUGUAUUAUAAUUCCUGCUAAACUUGCUUAAUAGUUAUUGAAGACAUUUUCUGUUAUGACUUUGACAAGACCAGAUUAAAUUGUUGAGCAAAAAU